ACUCUCUUUGUAAAGGUCUUUCCUUUUUGGUCCUAAAUUGCUUUUGAAGUUCCUGAAAACGGCUGUUGAGUGUUUGCCAACAAAAACGAAGCUUCAUUUGAAUCACCAGAGAAAAUAAUUGCACUUGUGGAACUAACAGUCAAAGACAUGGAUACUCGCCCACACGUCUUUCAUUGCUUUUAAACAAUUUAAAAAAUAUAUAUUUGUAACGCAUACGUGAAUUAGUUCAGUUGAUUUCUUACGCAGAUUUUAGUUUAAAAGAAUUUGUAGUUCCUUCAUGAAUCAAGUUAGUUAAGAGGAACAACUUGUGCGUACAACUAUGGAUAACUUCUUUUUAUUUUUUGUAAAUUAUAUAGUAAUUUAGAGUGAGUGCUGUUAUUGGCACGUUAAAAAUUCAUCGUGCCAAUAACAACACCGCUUAGAAUAUCAUAUUGAAAAAGUAACUAGAUGUGUAUUGUAAAAAUAUAAAAGAGAAGAAAACGAGUGUGAAAAGGAAAGGGAGAAAAUUUCACACUGCCUUGACUUUUACAACGUGUCAUUAGCUAUGGUGUGGACUUAUGGUGUUUUUGCACAUGGCUUGCAGGCAGAGUGGGUUUUUAUUUUAUUUUAUUUUUGUAUUUAUCUGUAUAUUUAAUAUCUUCUCUAAGCAGCUACUGCUUAAGCGAGCUUAGUGUGUGUGUUUAAUUGUUAAAUAAGUGGUUAAAAUAUACACUUCGUCAGAGAUGCGCAUGUUAGUGAAGUUUUAUUGCUUGAGGACAAUACCCCAAUAGCAAAAAGAUCAAAAGGGGCAAAAAUAAACAAGGAUGAGGCGAAGAUUUGCUUGUUGCACCCGCGACCGGGAGAUUAGCAUCGACUUUGACGACCAAGAGAGGAUAAUGACAUACAAUGGACUCGAAAAUUGCAUACUCAGCAGUCAAUCUUUUGAAAAUGAAAGCGGAACAAGUAGGGGAGAUGGCUUUGUAACUGACUCACUGGACGAUGAUGCAUCAACCUGUUCUUCAGGAAAGGAUGCUUCUGGAUCUUUCUCGUCAAAAUGGAUGACGGUGAACAAGGAUGAACAAAGUCUUGAUGAAUGGGAUCACUUGGACAGACCCCAGCAUUUCUAUGUUAACCAAAAACCUGAUUAUCCGCUUCAGAACUCAGAUGUCGAGGCAAUGAAAGAAAAAUUUGCAAAGCUGUUAUUGGGUGAAGAUGUCACCGGAGGGAACAGGGGCCUCAGCACUGCACUUGCACUGUCAAAUGCCAUUACAAACCUGGCAGCAACGAUUUUUGGAGAGCUGUGGAAACUCGAACCACUACCUGAAGAUAGGAAAAGCAAAUGGCGACGAGAAAUGGACUGGUUUCUUACGCCUACGAACUAUAUGGUUGAGCUGGUUCCUGCCAAGCAAAAUGGUGCAAAUGGUAGAACACUAGAGAUUAUGACCCCAAAAGCCCGUGCAGACAUACACAUGAAUCUUCCAGCACUUAAGAAGUUGGACUCCAUGCUUAUUGACACACUUGAGGCAAUGGUCGAUACUGAGUUUUGGUAUGCAGAGGGAGGUAGCCGGGCAGAAGGGAGGAACAAAAUGGCACGUCAGAGCAAGAGAUGGUGGCUUCCAACACCCCAAGUACCAGCUACUGGGCUCUCUGAUACAGCUAAAAGGAAAUUGCUUAGUCAUGGUAGGAUAGUGCAUCAAGUAUUCAAGGCUGCCAGAUCUAUCAACGAAAGUGUGCUGCUUGAAAUGCCUGUGCCAACCAUUGUCAGGGAUGCACUUCCGAAGUCUGGAAAAGCAAGCCUUAGCGAGGAACUGUACAAGGUCUUGACUGCUGAAACAAACUCAGCUGAGGAAAUGCUCAAUUCACUCAAUCUAAAAUCCGAGCACAAUGCCCUUGAGGUCAUUAACAGGCUGGAAGCUGCUGUUUUCUCUUGGAAAGAAAGAAUUACAGAACAAGCGAGCAGUAAAUCUCCUGCUCGAACAUCUUGGUCCUUCAUUAAGGACCCUUUAUCUGAGAUUGAUAAGAUGGAGUCACUAUUGGAUCAAGCCGAAGUACUUAUACAGCAGCUGAAGACCAAAUACCCCAACCUUCCCCAAACUUUUCUAGAUGUUACAAAAAUCCAAUACGGCAAGGAUAUUGGUCAUUCAAUUCUGGAAGCAUAUUCACGAGUACUUGGAAACUUGGCAUUCAGCAUACUGUCCAGAGUAGGAGAUGUUUUGCGAGAAGAUGCUUUGCACAAUCCCGACUCAUGUACAGAAUCAUGUUACCUUCCGGGGACUAGUAUCAGCUGUAACUCAAACAGUUACUCAUUCAUUGAUGGCAACAGUGGGGUUCCCCGGCAUUCUGAUUCUACUUUGGGUAGCAUCGUUUUAGAAUUUUCAUAUAAUGUAGCUAAAGAUAGCCCUGUGACUGCAACACCAAGCCGAUCACGUGUAUGGUGCAUUGGUAGAGAGGCUUGUGUAAGUGUUUCCCCUACAAACUCCCCUUGAUGAAAAUGUAUGGGAGCAGCAGAAACUCUUAUUGUAAAUGGUUAUCAUAUAUGUUUAAUGCGGUACUACAAAUCUCAAUUUAGCAA